CCUUAAGCUUUGUUUUUAAUUUUUGAAAUGUCAAUUAUAUGUACUGGGUACUGGAACAACGAACCAGUAAAACGGAACGAAGAAGUAUUUGUUGUUAUUUUUAUUUUGUUGUCUAGUUCUUAGUAUCAAAUCUUGAAAAAUGUUAUUUCGGUGUAACCAUUACGUAGUAUCAACUCGUAAAUCGUAUCCUCGAUUUGUCAGUAGUUCCGCUCGAACUCGGAUCAUAAUAACAGAGAAUUUAUCUGCAGCCGCUUAUAAACCAGAAAAUGUACAAAAAGAUAAAUACGCAAAAUGGCAACAGAAAGGAUUAUUUCAGGCUGCUGUUCCUAGUGAUAAACCGCCGUUUAGCAUGGUGCUUCCACCUCCAAAUGUUACAGGAAAAUUACAUUUAGGCCAUGCUUUAGCUUGUACAGUUCAAGAUGUGAUUGUGAGAAGAAAAAGAUCUUUAGGUUACAAUGUGCUUUGGUUACCUGGCACUGAUCAUGCAGGAAUCGCUACUCAGGGUGUUGUGGAAAAAUAUUUACAAAGUAAAAACAAUGUGGACCGCAUAUCGAUCGGACGAGAGAAGUUCAUUAAUGAAGUUUGGAAAUGGAAGGAAAAACAUGGUGACACUAUUACUGAACAACUCAAGCUGUUAGGGUGUUCAUUGGAUUGGUCUCGGCAAAUGUUUACCAUGGACCCCAAGCACACUCAUGCUGUAAACGCAGCUUUCAUAAAAUUAUUUGAAAAUGGUCUCAUAUAUAGGAAGAAGGCUUUAGUUAAUUGGUGUAAUAAAUUAAAAUCAACAGUGUCUGAUAUUGAAGUGGAAAAUAUGCCUAUUAAAGGUCCCACCCAAGUAGCAGUGUAUGGAUAUGAUAGAACUGUUAUGUUUGGGCAGUUAUUCAACUUUGCUUAUAAAAUAUAUGGUAGUGAUGAGGAAGUUGUAGUCUCUACUACAAUGCCUGAGACUAUGCUGGGCGAUACUGCUAUAGCAGUACAUCCAGAAGACGAAAGGUACAAACAUCUUGUAGGUAAGAGAGCUAUACAUCCGUUUAGAAAUGACACCAUACCCAUUAUAGCUGAUGACUUUGUUGAUAUCAAGUUUGGCACAGGUGCUGUUAAAAUUACACCUGCUCAUAAUAAAACAGAUUAUAAUAUCGCCAAAAAACACCAUUUACCUCUUCUACAAGUUGUAGGAGAGGAUGGUCUUAUGCUUAAUACAGAAAACUAUGACACCACGAAGAAAUAUGACUGUAGAGAUAUAGUUGUUCAAGAUUUGCAAAGACACGGGCUUCUAAAGAGCGUUGUGCCACACGAAAUGACUUUACCAGUAUGCAGUCGCACUGGUGAUGUCAUUGAAUACUUACCAAAGGAACAGUGGUUUCUUUCUUGUACUCAGAUGAAUCGAAGGGCUUCAGAAUUUGUAAAAUCGGGGAAAAUAAAAUUAGAACCUGAGAAAUUUAUGAAAAACUGGGAAAAUUGGACAAGUGACGAUAGGGAUUGGUGCGUAUCACGACAGCUGUGGUGGGGGCAUCAAAUACCAGCUUAUAAAUGCACGACUGAACAAAAUAUCGUUUGGAUCGCGGCUAAAGAUGAAGUGUCGGCAAAGUUGAAAUCAUCAAAAUAUUUACGAACUCUUCCUGAUGACAUUAAAGCUGAAAGGGACACAGACGUUUUGGAUACUUGGUUUUCAUCAGGGAUAUAUCCCUUUGCGGCUUUAGGUUGGCCUGACCAUUACUACAAUCAAGAGUACAAAGAAUUUUACCCUCUAGAUCUAAUGGCGACAGGCCAUGAUAUUCUCGGAUUUUGGGUGCAUAGAAUGGUGAUCCUCGGAUUGGAGUUGACAGGAAAGAUUCCCUUUUACAAUGUUCUGCUACACGGGAUAAUAUGUGAUAGUAAAGGAAGAAAAAUGUCUAAGAGCAGGGGCAACGUAAUCGACCCUGUCGAUGUAAUUAAUGGUAUAUCGAUAGAAAAACUCAAAGAAAAGGCUGAAGAAAUGCAUAGAGCUGGUGUACUUAGUAAAGAUGAACUGAAAAAAGCUCUCGUGUACCAUAAAACGAACUACAGUCAUACAAAUGGCAUACCUGAAUGUGGAGUGGACGCAUUAAGAUUCACACUUCUUACACAAGACAUUAAGUCUCAUUUUGUUAAUUUCGAUGUUCAUAUGUGUCACGCUAAUAAACUGUUCUGUAACAAGAUAUGGCAGAGUAUUAAAUACACUCAGUUAUCAUUUGCAAAAUUAAAAGAAGUAGAAGAUGUGACUAUUGAAGAUCUUACAUUCUUCGACAAAUGGAUACUUAGUAGGCUAGCAGAUAUGGUAGCGAAAUUCAACCAGGCGAUGGAAGAAUACGAUUUCCAUUUGGCUACCAAAGCCAUCAGAACUUUGAUUUACAAUGAAUUUUGUGAUGUUUAUUUAGAGGCUACGAAACCUGGAUUUGAAAGCGGGAAUGCCAAGUUAGGAUAUGCCCAUGCGCACACACUUUCAGCUGUCCUAAACACUUCACUAAGAUGCUUAUCACCAUUCAUGAUAUAUUUAACAGACGAAGUCAUACCGAAAAUUCCCUCAUUUGAACGUAACAUUAUAAUCAAUUUCGAAGAUCAUAAGAACUCUUAUUUCGAUCUUCCCAAGACGGAUGAAUUUGAAAUUUGGAAAAAUAGCGAUCUCGAGUUGCACGUUGGGAAACUCUUGAAUACAGUCAAUCUAGUCAGAGAAUUGAAAGGUUUUUAUGGUAUAUCUAAUAAACUAAGACCGUCAAUCCAAGUGACCACUGAAGACAAAAUACUCGAGAGAGAUUUGAAAUGCAAUGAAAAUGUGGUUUUAAAUUUCACCAGGUGUAAACUUUUAACAUUUGAUAAAGAUUCGUUAAAAAAUUGUGUAACCGGUAUUUUAGAUAAGAGUACUGAAGUUAGUGUGGAAAUCAUAGGUGAAGAUGUAGAAAGUACAAUAUCAGACGCUAAAGAUAGGUUAAAUAUGAAAAUCAAGAAAUUAGAAGAGAGCAUAGCACAAUUAGAAACGAAACUUUUAAACAAACAACAUUUACAGAGUGUAUCUGAAUCGACCAGAAUAUUGGACGACGAAAAAUUGCAAUCAAAAAAGAAUGAAUUGAAUCAACUUAGAAGACUGACUUAGGUUUAAGAUAAGAAUACUAAAGUUAGUGUGUAUUCUAAGGCCGUAUACAGAAAGAAAGCCGAAAGCCGAUCGGCGCCGAUC